UUUUUUUCCAGAUAAAACUCUUGAAUCACCUGUACAAGGAAUGUCAAAGGAUGUUCUUCAAGGUUAAGAGAAAUAAUAACAAUUGAAACUUUGGAUUCCUAUAAAGCAGGGAUCAUCAAAUAUGGAAAAUACAUGGACAAAUGCAAAAGUCAGCCCCUGAGUUUCCUUCUUCUCUUCCUCCUCCUCUGCUCCUUCCUCCUUUUUGUUUUUCCUGGAGAAAGGUCUCACUAUGUAGCUCAGGUAGGUGGCAGACUUGCAAUGUAGCCCAGGCAUAUCUACUAGCAUUUAAAUAAAUAUUAACUGAUUAAAAACACUACCGUGAAAAUCCUGGCAUCAACCUCUCCCCCUUGGUUAGCAGUUGAAAACCUGUUUAGAAUAGAGUCCCGAAAUAGACCAUGCUGACAUGGCUAACUGAUAUUUGACAAAAGAGCCAACAUUAUUUAAUGGUGAAAAGACACAGGGUUUUUUCUUCUGUAAGGGUUACUGGAACAACUGGAAAUCUGACGAAAAAAAUGAAUCUUGACACCUCUAUUGUGCAAGAAAGUUAAUUCAUAAUGGAUUAUAGACUUAAAUGUAAGAGCUAAAACUAUUAAACUUCAAAGGAAAAAAUAAGAUAUCUUUAUGACAUAUAUAUGGCAUGGGUUUCUUAGACAGCUUCCAAAAUUUUGAUAAAAUAGACCCUCAAAAUUUUAAAUAUUUUACUGUUAAAAGGAUGCCCAGAAAUUUUUUAGGGUAAUGGAACUGUUUUAAAUCUUCAUUGUAGAAGAGAUUUAAUGACAAUAAUGUUAGUACUUAGGUUCAUCAAACUUUUCAAAUGAAUGAGUUUAUUGUAUUCAAAUUAUAUCUCAAUAAAACAUGGAACUAGAUUAGCUAUAGAUUUUUGACGCUCAUGUGUCUUAGUUAAUUUUCCCUUUAAGCAAAAUAAUUGAUAUAUGAACUGUUUGCUUCUAUUUCUUUGCACUUCCAAAGCAAAAUAAAAAAUAAAAUAGAGUUGGGGUUAAAUGGAAAAUAAGACUACUUUUGUAACAUUACCAGUCAAAUAAUAACUUUACUAAAUAAAAAAGUUAAUGGCUUUCAUAUUUUAAGGGUAAAAAACAUUAAACAAAGAAAGGUUACCUGUCAUUCCCAGAUAAUAGUUUUGAGGACUAUUGCUAGAAUUAAGGUCUCUAUCCUACUCUCAUUCAGUGACAACUACCUGGUCCCCAAGGGAGAUGAAGACAAGUAAAAUAAAAGAUAAGAUAGCACAUUAGGACAAGCAUAAUCUUUGAUCCUGUACCCCAGCUGAAUCCCUGGUCUCAGUGCACCAAGCUGGACCCCAUCAACCUGCUUGUUAUGGGCAAAAUCCCUCUAUCCAAGCAGAUACUGCAUAAGUUUGUUCAGGGAUUUCCCUCCUGUUAGGCAACAAAAGGUUGGGAAUAAUAAACUAAGGGUAAUCUCCAGGGAUCUUAGUUGAAGUCUGACCUUUUUUAAUUUUCAUAGGACCUGGGACUUGAGGCAUGGCAAGGCAAGAACUGAUGUCAGGCUCUGCCUUGCCUCUGUAGCUACCUGAAGACCCUAUUGAUUGAAAAUCAAUACAAAACUAAAUGAGAGCCAGGCAUGGUGAUGUGCAAAGAUUGGAGAAACUGAGGCAGGAGGAUUGUCAUAAGUUCGAGACCACCUUGGGCUACAAAGUGAGAGUCUGUCUCAAAAAGAAAAAGAAAAAGAAAGAAAAAUAAUAAUACUAAUUUAACAGGACAUACAGAGAAAGUGGGGAUUGAAAAUUUUGAACUCCUAAAGGUCCUAGGAACUGGAGCUUAUGGAAAAGUGUUUCUAGUUCGUAAAAUAAGUGGUCAUGAUGCUGGAAAGUUGUAUGCCAUGAAAGUUUUGAAAAAGGCAACAAUUGUUCAAAAGGCCAAAACCACGGAGCACACGAGGACAGAGCGACAAGUCCUGGAGCACAUUAGGCAGUCGCCAUUUUUGGUGACGUUGCACUACGCCUUCCAGACAGAAACUAAACUUCAUCUCAUCUUAGAUUAUAUAAAUGGUGGAGAACUUUUUACUCAUCUUUCUCAAAGAGAGCGUUUCACAGAGCGCGAGGUGCAGAUCUAUGUUGGAGAGAUUGUGCUUGCCCUCGAACAUCUGCACAAGUUGGGAAUUAUAUACCGUGACAUUAAGCUUGAGAAUAUUCUUCUUGAUUCUAACGGCCAUGUGGUGCUGACAGAUUUUGGUCUGAGUAAGGAGUUUGUGGCUGAUGAAAGUGAAAGAGCAUAUUCCUUUUGUGGGACUAUUGAAUACAUGGCACCAGAUAUCGUCAGAGGGGGAGAUUCAGGACAUGACAAGGCAGUUGACUGGUGGAGUUUAGGAGUUCUAAUGUACGAGUUACUAACUGGAGCAUCGCCUUUCACUGUUGAUGGAGAAAAAAAUUCCCAAGCUGAGAUAUCUAGGAGAAUAUUAAAAAGUGAGCCUCCAUAUCCCCAAGAAAUGAGUGCAUUAGCUAAAGACCUGAUUCAGCGUCUUCUGAUGAAAGAUCCCAAGAAGAGACUGGGCUGUGGGCCACGGGAUGCAGAUGAAAUUAAAGAACAUCUCUUCUUCCAGAAAAUAAAUUGGGAUGACUUAGCUGCCAAAAAAGUCCCUGCACCAUUUAAGCCAGUCAUCCGAGAUGAACUGGACGUGAGUAACUUCGCGGAAGAGUUCACGGAGAUGGACCCCACCUACUCUCCCGCAGCCCUGCCCCAGAGCUCGGAGAGGCUGUUCCAGGGCUAUUCUUUUGUUGCUCCCUCCAUCCUAUUCAAGCGUAACGCAGCUGUGAUCGAUCCUCUUCAGUUUCACAUGGAAGUUGAACGUCCCGGAGUGACAAAUGUGGCCAGGAGUGCCAUGAUGAAGGACUCUCCAUUCUAUCAACACUAUGACCUAGAUCUAAAGGACAAACCACUAGGAGAAGGAAGUUUUUCAAUUUGUCGAAAAUGUAUACACAAAAAAAGUAACCAAGCAUUUGCAGUGAAAAUAAUCAGCAAAAGGAUGGAAGCCAAUACUCAGAAAGAAAUAACAGCUCUGAAACUCUGUGAAGGACACCCCAAUAUCGUGAAAUUGCAUGAAAUUUUCCAUGAUCAGCUUCAUACGUUUCUGGUGAUGGAACUUCUAAAUGGGGGAGAGCUGUUUGAACGCAUCAAGAAAAAGAAGCACUUCAGUGAGACAGAAGCCAGCUACAUCAUGCGGAAGCUCGUUUCAGCAGUGAGCCACAUGCACGAUGUCGGGGUAGUGCACAGAGAUCUCAAACCUGAGAAUUUACUGUUCACUGAUGAAAAUGAUAACUUGGAAAUUAAAGUAAUCGAUUUUGGGUUUGCGCGCCUCAAGCCCCCUGAUAAUCAGCCUCUGAAGACGCCAUGCUUUACCCUUCAUUAUGCAGCCCCAGAACUCUUGAAUCAUAACGGCUACGAUGAGUCCUGUGACCUGUGGAGCUUGGGUGUCAUCUUGUACACAAUGUUGUCAGGGCAGGUUCCAUUCCAGUCUCAUGACAGAAGCUUGACAUGCACUAGUGCGGUGGAAAUCAUGAAGAAAAUUAAAAAGGGAGAUUUCUCCUUUGAAGGGGAAGCUUGGAAGAAUGUAUCUCAAGAGGCUAAAGAUCUGAUCCAAGGACUUCUCACAGUUGAUCCAAAUAAAAGGCUUAAAAUGUCUGGCUUGAGAUACAAUGAAUGGCUUCAAGAUGGCAGCCAGCUGUCCUCAAAUCCUCUGAUGACCCCAGACAUUCUGGGAUCCUCGGGAGCUGCUGUGCACACCUGUGUGAAAGCAACCUUCCAUGCCUUUAACAAAUACAAGAGAGAGGGGUUUUGCCUGCAGAAUGUCGACAAGGCCCCGCUGGCCAAGAGAAGGAAAAUGAAAAAGACCAGCACGAGCACGGAGACGCGCAGCAGCUCCAGCGAGAGCUCGCACUCGUCCUCCUCGCACUCGCACGGGAAGACCACGCCCACCAAGGCGCUGCCCCCCAGCCACGCCGCGGACGGCGCCCACCCCGAGACCCUCUUCCAGUUCUCCGACUAGCGGACCAGUGGCGGAGCAGGGUAGGGAUGUCGGCAGUGAGCCGCUGCACGCUUGCUUCCCUGGGCGCACCAGAGGUGAUGCUCCGUGCUUCAAAAACGCCUCUCCUCGGUCUCCUUGGAAUCUGCCUCCUCGUAAGGACUUUUUUUUUUUUUUUUCCAUGAAAACCUGUUGGUUCGCCUGGUCCAAGAGCACUGGACCGAGAAUGUUACUGUGAACAGAACACAUAUGAUAUUUUUAGUGACCUGCCGUGAUGACAACAGGACCAUUCGUGAAAGAACAAACAAUUGCUGUAAAUUUAAGUAGGAGCUGGCGGCAGCUCCCACUCCGGAUGUCCCGGGUGUCCCGGUGCCCACCGGUGGGACAUGCUGAGGCCUGUGCUGUGCCUGGUGGCCAGCUGGGCCCUUCAGAGAUUUGCACCCUUUGGGUAGUGUUUAUCCAAGGAAAGAGUCUUGUUUCAAGAAAAGAGUCUGUAAUGAGUUUUAUGUGUGACAUAUACUUAUUUCUUGAGAGAGAAUUUUAACUUAUUGUUUUUAUUUUAUUGUUAUAUAUGAUGAUAACCUGCUAUUAAUCUUUUUUCUAAAAGUUAAAAGAAAGAUACAAGAACUUCAGGUCCCAUGCUGUGUAGCUGGGAUCCAUCUGCGAUGCAUGCUAUGCUGCGUAUGUUUUUAAUUUUGCACUGCUCUUUUCUGGCAGUUUGUUUAAUGGUUAUUUCAGAGUAUUAAGGUACAUGUCUCUGUGUGUUAAGUAAUAUUGCACUUUAUAAAAGGAUGUGAAUAGAGCAGUCGGUUUUAUAAAGUGCACUGUCUAAAGCACAUGUACUGUAUUUUUGCCGGUUUCUUUCCCGUUAUCUACUUAAAGUUUGUCCUUACUCCCUCUUCUGCUUUGUAUGCCACGAGUAGAGUGGGGCAUGUUGUAUGAGUUGGUAGCCACUUAUGCACCAAUCUGAGGAAAAACUAAAGGGAAAUUAUACUCAACACUGUGCUUCAUAUUUGUACACUGUGUUGGACUACGGUGAGACAGUUCUUCCUGUAGUCAUUUAUUAUGUACAUAAUAUUUUAGACUCAUACCUUUGACCUGUUUUGAAACUUUUCUGUUAAACUUUGAAUCCAGAAAGCAUAUUUUAUAAACUUAUGCAGAGCACUUUUAUUGCUCCAGAGUUCUGAAUUCAUACAAAAACAAGUGCUAUGUGCUGAAGACAUUUCAUGGAAAGAUUGCCGCAUUUUAAAAUUGAAUCCAUUCCCUAUGCAAAACAUGAAGUGUUAGGAUUUGUAUGUUAUGCUUCUUUUCAAGCCAUCAUGUGAAAUAUCAGGACUGAGAAAAGUGACUGUUGUUAUGUUUACAGGAAUCUUGCUUUAAAAGAUAAUGCCCAACAAGUUUAUUUUAUAGUUUUGUUAAUGAUAGCCUCUUGAGCAUUAGUUUGGAAUUUGGGCAUGGUAUUUAUUUAUCCCUUUCUUGAAGUAAUAGCAGCAUUAAUUUCAACCAGUUAUGAAUACUAAAACUAUUGCACUCUAUGUCAUGAAAUUAUAUUUAUUACUAAAUCAAUGUAUAUAUUAAUAGCACAGGCAACAAAAUGGCAACUAUUAAAAUAUUUUCAAAAAAUUGUAUUCAUUUUCAUAUUUUUGUCCACAAUGAUUAUUGGGAAUAAUUUUUUACACUUUUCCCUGACCUAAAUGACUGCAUGAUUAUCUGUUGAUCAGUGAAUGAUUUCACUCCUAGACUUCAGUCAUCCCCAGUAAGGGUGAAAGAUCUUGCAUGAAUUUUUCCUUAACUAUAACUAAUUCAUAAAAAGUAAUCUCAUUGUAUACAAAUUUAGAAGAAAAUGCCCAUUUGUUUUUACAUUGGAUAUAUUCGGGUUAUGUUCAAGUCAACUUUAAAACUAUGGAUCUUGGUAAAAAAUGAGUUGCAAAGUACGAACUGAAGGGACUUUGUUGCCAACAGAAAAUAAUCCAGAAAAAUGGUCCAGAGUCACUGUACCCCAGUGACUGCUGGUGGGAGUCACUCAUGGUGAGCAUUGAAAUGCGAUGGGUUUAAUUUUCGUUUCUUUCUCUUGCAUCUUCUGGAAGGCACUGAAAUGGGCAAAGGCAGGCAGAGUAAGAGGAGGGAGAAAAGGUAAAGCUCUCAGUCUCUCGCUGAACCAGCCUGAGUUUCUUGAAUGAGUGUUGAGUUCCUGAGAGGACACACAGCCUUGCACUCUCGUGGCAGGCGUCACCAUCGUCAGCGACCUCACACACCCACAGGCAGCCUUCCAUGCUUCCCCACAGCAGCUAAGUCCUGUGCGGGCUCUUUUAGUGCGCAGGGCACCACGCCUUAAAAUGUACAGAGCUAGGGCUGGGGAUUUAGCUCAGCGGCAUAAGCACCUGCCUUGGAAGCAGGUGGUCGUGAGUUCGAUCCCCGGUACCAAUAAAAAAAACAAAUUCACAGAGCUUUCCUUUGAUUCCAUGAAAACUAAACAAUAAAAAAUACUUCCUAUGAAAAUAUCAAAUGUAAGGACUUUUAAUAUUAAGAAUAAAAUAAAUGUAAGGGAAACAUGUAUACAUUAAAUCCUUUUUAUGGUACUAAUUUGGAGGAUAAAGCUAACUCAUCUCCUCCCUUCUACCCCGUUUGACUGUGUAGUAUGUAAUAUAUACCAUCGUGAGUCUGAGUCAUACAUUUUCUAACUAUCUGCACCUAAUACAUUGAGAGGUAAUAGGAAAAGGGAGAAGCAAGAGAGGAAGGAGAUUCAGAAAAUAGUUCUCAAUUCUUAGGUCUCCAAAUCUCCAUAAAAUAUGAAACCCCUGCACUGCUGGAAUAGCACUUCAGUCUUAUAAGUUAAUUUCAACAUGACUGUUUUGCAGUCACAGGUUCAUUUACUUACAAAAGAUUGCCUUUUAAUUCUUUCUGAUUACUGUUUAUUUCUUGCACAAGAAUGUUAACUCUCAUAAACAUUUGGUAAUUCUUUAAAUAUAAGUAAGUUAUUUUAAAGAAUUCUAGUAGGAUUACAGUGACUGGUUUUUUAAAUAUGUACUCAAAUACUUUAUAAAAGUAUACAAUUUCUUGCUAAUUGUACACCUUGCCUCUAUUUGAAACACCUGUUACUGUUUAUGAAGAACAGGGCCCCCAGGGUUUGGCUCAGCGGGAUAGUUCCUGCCUAGCAAGCACAAGGUCUUGAGUUCAAUCCCUGGUACCAAAAAAAAAAAAAGAGCAGGACACCCACUGGGGAUGGUGGCACAUGCUUAUAAUCCCAGCACUCAUCAGGCUGAAGCAGGAAGAUCACUAUAAGUUCAAGGCCAGCCUGGUUUACAAAGUUAGUUCAAAGCCAGAGUGAACUGCAUAGUGAAACCGUGUCUCAAAAAGACAGGGAAAAAAUGGAGAACAAGGCACCUUAUGAUGCUGAACAUUUCUAAACUAUUGGUUCUAUGUUUGUCUUAGACCUUAGAUUAUUUUGAGUGUUCUUCCAGUGGCCAGUAAUAAUACUUAAUGGCUCAUUUCAGGUGUUUAUGUAAUAACACUUCUAAUAUUCUUUAAAAUCUCAGUAAAUAGUUAAGUUCUAAUAUACCACUUACAUAAUGUCAAAAUAAUUGUCUUACAGGUGAGUUACUGUAACACAAUAUAUUACUUUAAAAUUACGAUAUUUGGCCCCUCAAAUGUCUUGCCCGAUAGCAGUGUGGUUUCUAGUCUUUAAUUAUUUGUAAUUUUUUUUUAAUUUUAUGGAGAAAAAGUAAAACAAAAUUUCAUAACAAAAUAAUGAGAGAAUAAUAAUAGUUAAUGUAUUGAGUAUUGUUAUCUUUAAAGUAGGCAAUCAGAAUACAAGACAUAAGAUAUAAAAAUUCUCCAAACAGUAUUAGCACAAACCUCUCUUUCAUGAACCAAGAGACGUUAGUGGAAUAACUAUCUUGUGUUUUUUUUUUUUUCCUUUUCCCUUCCUUCCUUUCCCCUCCCCCAUCCUAGGACCUUUUUCCUUCUGAAUAAUUUCUUCCCAUUUCACAGCAUCGCUUGUGCGUUUUGGACCUUAUUUACUCUCUCUGUUCCUCACAGUAGGGAGAACAUACUAUAUUUACAUGUGUGAAUCUGAUUCAUUUCACAUACGAGUAUGGUCUCACGUUGCAUCCAUUUAUGUAUAGAAGUCUCAAGUUUAUCUUUCUCUAUGGCAGAGUAGUAUUCAGUUGUAUAAAAAGAUCCGGUCUUGAUUUAGAUGUGUGCCCACAUGUGUGGCCAUUGUCACCAGCUAAUGUGAUCUGGUACCAAGAUGAACGCAGAAAGGGCUAAUGGAAUUGGACUGUAAACAUGAGUCACUAUAAAACUCAAAAUUAAAAAUACGAGUACAUAGGGGCUGCGGAUUUAGCUCAGCGGCAUACGCACCUGCCUUGCAAGUGUGUGGUCCUGAGUUCGAUCUCUGGUACCGGUAAAAAAAAAAAAUACAAGUAACAGGAAGUAUGUAUCAAAUAUUUUAAGUAUGAUCUGCUCAAAGAAAAUUGCUGCUACAGCAACAUAAAGGUUUUAUUUGCUAUCUUAAGUAACUUCACUCCAGGUUGUGAUAUUCUCUAGAAAGAAUGCUUUCUUAGCUGGGCGUGGUGAUGCAUGCCUAUAAUCCCAGGACUGGGGAUGCUGAGGCAGGAGGAUCAUUGCAAAUUCCAGACCAGCCAGGGCUACAAAGUGAGCUUGAGACCAGCCUGAACUGCAUAGUGAGACCCUGUCUCAAAAUGUCACACAAAAAAAGAAAGAAUGCUUUCUUUAAAAGCAGGUACUUAAAUCUUGUUUUGAGGGCAGGGAGCAGCAUGUAUUCAAGGGGGCAGCACCUUCCUGAGGGUAUUCAUCAGUCUCAUCUCACACCUCAUCUUGAGCGUGCUUACCUACAAAACUUGCAAGAAACCCUGUUUCCUCUGAGCCCUCUUCUUUGCAUGCCCAGGUCCCUGUUUUGAAGUGAAGUAGUUGAUCCAGCUGCUUCUCACCCUCCCGGAGCUGCUGAUCAUCUUAUUUCACGCAUUUGGAAAGUAAGCAGGUGCAAGCACUUCUAUAGUUUCCUAAAAUUGUUGGGCUGAAAAGGAAAAGAAACAAAAGUGGCUCCCAAAUACCUGGUGUUGUCUUCAUAUAAGUGCAAAUAGCUGUUAGGUAUCUUGAUUAGCAGCCCUUUCCUUUUAUUCUUUACUUAUCACCUGGCAAAAUGCUAUUUAGUAUUUAGGAGCCUGUAUUAAAAGACAGGAUUCUUAGGGCUGGGGAUUUAGCUCAGCGGCAUAAGCGCCUGCCUUGCAAGCAGGCAGUCAUGAGUUCGAUCCCCGGUACCGAUAAAAAGGGAAAAGACCAAAAAAAAGGAAACAAAAAGACAGGAUUCUUGGUACUUAGUCUUCAGGCUUGAUUUUCCUGGUGUAUGUCUGCAGGGGUAGCUGGAAGGAUAUUUUGUAGUAGUUUCCUAAAGUGCUCCUUGGUCCAUUGUAAAGCACUGAAGACUUCAAAGAAAUAAAAUUUGUAUUUAAUACAGCUGGUCUUCAGAACACAGGCAUCUGGGAUAAUACUUAGAAUUGUGUUGUUUUCUGUUGUAUAACACUUUUAAUUUGUAUGGUCUUGUAAAAUUUGUCAUUUUACUUUAAAAUCCAGUGGAAUGCUUGUCUUUUCCCAAAA